AUGGCCGAGCAAGGCACCGCCACGGGCGGUCCCUCCGGUGACGGCGCCCAAGGACGUACCUCGACCUCCGAGCGACGAGACUCGCGACGGGUCUCCCGGGUGUCCUACAAGGAGGACUACGCUAAUCUCGACGAGUACGGCAAGCUGGUCAAGUAUGCCUCCACCUACCGCGAGGCGGGCCGCGGGGAGGAAGGGCAAGGCGAGGCCGAGUGGAGGCGGGUGUGGUAUGCACCCUGGAAGAAGCGCAAGGUUUUUAUCAAAAGCGACGCCGACCAGCAGGGCCUGUUCCCCGACGAGUGGCUCAUUACGGACAUUCGCCAGGGUCUGCCCUCCGAAGAGGUUGGCGUCAGACGUCGCCGCGCGGGAUGGAACGAGCUGGUGUCGGAGAAAGAGAACCCCAUUGCCAAGAUCCUGUCGUACUUCAGAGGUCCUAUUCUUUACGUGAUGGAGUUGGCCGUGCUUCUGGCCGCGGGUCUGGAUGACUGGAUUGACUUCGGUGUCAUCAUCGGUAUUUUGUGUCUGAACGCGGCUGUGGGUUGGUACCAAGAGAAGCAAGCCGCCGACGUCGUUGCGAGUCUCAAGGGCGACAUCGCGAUGAGGGCAAUUUGCAUUCGCGACGGCCAGCAACAGGAAAUCCUGGCGCGAGAGCUUGUGCCUGGCGACGUGGUCAUUGUGGGAGAAGGCUCAGUUAUCCCCGCCGACUCCAAGGUCAUUUGUGAUGUGAAUGACCCCAACGGCUGGGAAGAGUUCCACAGAAUGCAAGAGCAGGGCGAUCUUAGCAGCACCUCCGAGUCCGACCUCGAAGAACACCCUGAGGGAGAGGGCCAGGAGAAGCCCAAGGAGAAGGAGGAGAAGGAAGGGAAGGAAGAGCAGAAAGACGAAUCCAGGGCUAGACGCAAAGGCUACCCGAUCCUCGCAUGUGAUCACUCAGCCAUUACAGGAGAAUCGCUCGCGGUGGAUCGCUACAUGGGUGGAAUGGUCUACUAUACGACGGGCUGCAAGCGUGGUAAGGCUUAUGCGGUUGUGCAAACCGGCGCGAGGAACUCCUUCGUGGGCAAGACCGCGACCAUGGUGCAAUCGGCAAAAGGUGCGGGCCACUUCGAACUCGUCAUGGACAACAUCGGUACUUCUCUGUUGGUCCUGGUGAUGGCCUGGAUCUUGGCUGCGUGGAUUGGCGGCUUUUACCGACACAUCCCCAUUGCCUCGCCGGGCCAGCAGACGCUGCUCCACUACACCCUGGCAUUGCUGAUCAUUGGUGUUCCUGUCGGUCUGCCCGUCGUGACUACAACGACGAUGGCCGUGGGAGCAGCGUACCUGGCCAAGAAGAAGGCGAUUGUGCAGAAGCUGACUGCCAUCGAAUCCCUGGCGGGUGUGGAUAUCUUGUGUUCGGAUAAAACGGGAACGUUGACGGCCAACAAGCUCAGCAUCCGGGAGCCGUAUGUGGCCGAAGGGGUCGACGUCGACUGGAUGUUUGCCGUGGCAGUCCUGGCUUCUUCGCACAACAUCGAGUCGCUGGAUCCGAUUGAUAAAGUCACCAUUCUCACCCUCCGGCAGUACCCCAAGGCAAGAGAAAUCCUCCGCAGAGGCUGGAAGACUGAGAAAUUCGUUCCUUUCGAUCCGGUGUCCAAGCGUAUCGUCACGGUUGCCAGUUGCGAUGGCACUCGGUAUACUUGCACGAAGGGCGCGCCGAAGGCCGUGCUCCAGCUGACGAACUGUUCGAAGAGCACUGCGGACCACUACAAAGCCAAGGCACAGGAAUUUGCGCACAGAGGAUUCCGCUCUUUGGGUGUCGCGGUUCAGAAAGAAGGAGAAGAUUGGACCCUCCUGGGAAUGCUCCCCAUGUUUGACCCGCCGCGCGAAGACACAGCCCAGACGAUCAAUGAAGCGCAAAAUCUGGGCAUCAGCGUGAAAAUGCUGACUGGUGACGCGAUCGCGAUUGCCAAGGAAACCUGCAAGAUGUUGGCCCUCGGAACCAAGGUGUACAAUUCGGACAAGUUGAUUCAUGGAGGCCUCAGCGGAGCAAUGGCUGGUGACCUUGUCGAGAAAGCAGACGGGUUCGCCGAGGUGUUCCCCGAACAUAAAUAUCAAGUCGUGCAGAUGCUCCAGGAACGCGGCCACUUGACGGCAAUGACAGGUGACGGUGUGAAUGACGCGCCGUCGUUGAAAAAGGCCGAUUGCGGUAUUGCUGUGGAAGGCGCCUCGGAAGCAGCCCAGUCGGCUUCGGACAUCGUGUUCUUGGAACCUGGCCUCUCUACGAUCAUCGACUCGAUCAAGGUGGCUCGGCAGAUCUUCCACCGCAUGAAGGCAUAUAUCCAGUACCGUAUCGCGCUUUGCUUGCACCUGGAGAUCUAUCUGGUCACAUCGAUGAUCAUCCUCAACGAGAGUAUCCGCGUUGAGUUGAUCGUCUUUCUGGCUCUGUUCGCCGACCUGGCGACGGUGGCGGUGGCAUAUGAUAAUGCGUCGUUUGAGCUGCGGCCGGUGGAAUGGCAGCUGCCGAAGAUCUGGUUCAUUUCGGUGCUCCUGGGACUGCUGCUGGCGCUGGGCACCUGGGUGGUGCGUGGUACGAUGUUCCUGCCCUCGGGUGGCAUCAUCCAGAACUGGGGGUCCAUCCAAGAGGUGCUGUUCCUCGAGGUGGCCCUGACGGAGAACUGGCUGAUUUUCGUUACACGAGGGGCGGACUCGUGGCCGUCGAUCCACCUGGUGACGGCGAUUUUGGGGGUUGAUAUCCUGGCGACGAUCUUCUGUCUGUUCGGGUGGUUCACGAACCAGGACAUGCACACGGACCCGGCGGACUCGUACGUGGAGACGCGCAACGGCUGGACGGACAUCGUCACGGUGGUGCGCAUCUGGGGCUACUCGCUGGGCGUGGAGAUCGUGAUCGCCCUGGUGUACUUCAUGCUGAACAAGUUCGCGUGGCUGGAUAACCUCGGCCGCGCCAAGCGCGACAAGGGGGACUUAAAAAUCGAGAACUUGCUUGGCCACCUGGCGCGAUUGACUGUCGAGUACGAGGAGCCUGGGAAGCCCAAAGGGCGGUUCUUCCUUGCCACGAGCAAGGAAGAGGAGGAGGUUGAGUAA